AUGGGACUUCUUUCUUGGUUCUACGGUUCCAAACAACAGAAAAAGGAAAACACGGCGGCGCGUAAGCCCCACGACUCUUCUGAAGCGCCGGCCAAGGAAAAUACGGCGGCGCGUAAACCCCACGAGCCUUAUGAAGAAACGGACGACGAAAACACGGCGGCGCGUGAGAGCCACGAGUCUUCUGAAGCGUCGGAGAUGAACGGAGCAGUGGAGGUCCGACGACACAACCCGCCGCCAAUCGACGUGACGGUUCUGGAAAUCGGGACGGCGGAUAAGGAGGUCCUAGCCGGGUACUGCCCUGUAUCCAAUGUGAUCGAGCCUUGCACUUGGAAGUAUGGAAGUGUAAAAUAUCACAUAUAUAUUCACACACUCUUGAACAACUGGUUGCGCCGCCUCAAACUAUAUAUACGCGACGACGCCGCCGCGAAGGGGCAGGCGGCGGCGGCGGUGGCGCCGGAAUCCGGCAAGAAAAUCAAGAGGAUUCGAGAAAGCACCGCCACCGCGAGCAACAGCAGCAGACACCCGGUGUACCGGGGAGUCCGAAUGAGGAGCUGGGGCAAAUGGGUUUCCGAAAUCCGGGAGCCCCGCAAGAAAUCGCGUAUAUGGCUCGGCACUUUCCCCACCCCUGAAAUGGCGGCGCGUGCCCACGACGUGGCGGCGCUGAGCAUCAAGGGCGCCUCCGCCACUCUCAACUUCCCAGAGCUCGCGGCCGCCCUCCCACGCCCCGUCUCCCUCAGCCCCCGCGACGUCCAGGCUGCCGCCGCGAAGGCGGCGGCGAUGGAGAAGUUCGAUGAUUUGCCGUCGCCGUCGACGACAACUUCAUCGUCUUCUUCGUCGCUGUCGUCUCUUGUUUCUUCGGUUGACCUGUCAACUGAGUCGGAGGAGGAACUGAGUGAAAUCGUCCAGUUGCCGAGUUUAGGGUCGUACUUUGACUCGGUGGGGCUGAGGAGUGAUUUUGUGUACAUUGAUAACGCGGCGGUGGAGGGAUGGACGUUGGACUUGCACCCUUCUCCGCCGUGGGCGGGUGGUGGUGGGGUUAUUGACGAUGAUGGUGGAAUUUCUAGCUGUUUCGAAACCUUGUUCUGGAAUUAUUGAUUUUAAUUAUGCUUUUUUUUUUUAAUUUUAAUUUUAAUUUUCUUGAAUUGAGAAAAUAUUUCUAGCUCUUUUUAAUUUUUCAUUAAAGGGCACAUGAAUUAAUUUCUCCACCUUUCCAUUA